GCUCCUUUAAGAGAGAAAGAAGCGUGAUCGUUUAUCAGCUUUGCGCUGCGCUCGUUUUAAAUAGAAUUCGGUGCAUUUUUGACGAUCUGCAUUUGACCUGGUCUCGCGGCGAUGACGUCACCGCUCAUUCAGUCGCGUCGAGUCUUCUGAGGAGAGGCGAGCAACUCACGAUCUGCUGCUUCAACACAGAAAUUCAUCAUCCCUGAAGCUCCUCCCACUAUUGGAUGUGUCAUCAAUGAAGCCCCUCCCACUCUGGAAUAAUCAUCAGUGAAGCUCCUCCUACAUCAAUCACACUGCCAAUAAAUGCUGGAAGACUUCAGCAUUUCACAAUUAGUUCACAAGUUCAGAACAUCAUGAAAGAGCUGAAAUCUGAGUUUAUUAAAGAGGAAAGUGAGAACAUUAGUGAUCUAGAACCCUGCAGAAUCAAACACACUGAAGAAGAACUUAGAGACCCUAAAGAAGAGAACGAGGAGAUUGAAGUGGAGGAGAAACAUCAUGUCAAACCUGAAGAAAAACCUUUGAGUCACUUGAAUUCAAAAAAUAUAUUUUUAAAGGAAACAAGAGCUGAGGAAUCUUCCACCUGCACUCAGUGUGGAGAGCAUUUCAAAAACGAACGAAGUCUUGCGAAUCACAUGAGAGUUCACACUAAAGAGAAGCCACAUUCAAGUUUUAAAUUGCAUCAGAAAACACAUACUGGUGUAAAAGAUCAUGUGUGCUUCGAGUGUGGGAAGUCAUUUACUUGGGCAACACAUUUAAAACAGCACCAGAGGUUCCACACUGGAGAAAAACCUUAUAAGUGUUCACACUGUGAUAAGAGAUUCAGUUGGAUAGCACAUCUGAAAACACAUGAGCAGAUCCACAGCAGAGAGAAAACACACACAUGUGAUUUGUGCAGCAAGAGCUUCACUAGCAAAAAACAUGUGAGAGUCCAUAUGAAGAUCCACACUGGAGAAAAACCAUACACUUGUGAUCAAUGUGGAAAGUGUUUCACUCAAUCAUCAUACCUUAAAGGACACAUGAAGAUCCACACUGGAGAAAAACCAUACACUUGUGAUCAAUGUGGAAAGCAUUUUAUUCAAUCAUCAUACCUUAAAGGACACAUGAGGAUCCACACUGGAGAGAAGCCAUACACAUGCGAUCAAUGUGGUAACAGUUUCUCAUUAAAAAACAGUUUUGAUGUUCACAUGAGGAUCCACACUGGAGAAAAACCACAUGCUUGUGACCAAUGCAGCAAAACAUUUCUUAGGUCAACUGCUCUGAAGAAACACCUGACAGUUCAUACAAAGGAAAGACCACAUUUGUGUUCUUUAUGUGGAAAGAGUUUUUCACUGCUGCAAAGUUUGAAAUCACAUCAGAAAUUACACAAUACUGUGAGAGAUCAUGUGUGCUUCGAGUGUGGGAAGACUUUUGCUUUGGUAAACCAUUUAAAACAGCACCUGAUGAUUCACACUGGAGAGAAACCUCACAAGUGUUCACACUGUGACAAGAGAUUUGCUCAGUCAGCAAAUCUGAAAAGACAUGAGCAGAUCCACACUGGAGAGAAACCGUAUGCAUGUGAUCAUUGUGACAAAACAUUUCUUCUGUCAACAUCCCUGAAGACACACCUGGCAGUUCAUACGGGGGAAAAACCAUAUUCAUGUUCCUUAUGUGGAAAGAGUUUUUCACUGCUGAAAAGAUUAAAAUCACAUCAGAAAACACAUACUGAUGUGAGAGCACAUGUGUGCUUUGAGUGUGGAAAGACUUUUACUUUGGUAAACCAUUUAAAACAGCACCAGAAGACUCACUCUGGAGAGAAACCUUACAAGUGUUCAAACUGUGAUAAGAGAUUCAGUCAGUUAGGAAAUUUGAAAAAACAUAUGAAGAUUCACACCGGAGAUAAACCUUACAAGUGUUCACACUGUGCCAAGACAUUCAGUCAGUCAGCAAAUCUGAAAAGACAUGAGCAAAUCCACAGCAGAUAGAAACCUCAAAAGUAUUAACACUGUGAUAAGAGAUUCAUUCAGUCAUCAAAUCUGAAAACACACGACAAGGUCCACACUGGAGAGAAACCUCACAAGUGUGAUCAGUGCGGAAAGAGCUUCACUUUUAAAAGUCGUCUAAAGCUACACAUGAAGAUCCAUACAGUAAAGACACUGAGCAAUAAAGUCACUUCUGUGUAAGUUAGUUUCCUAACAGUCACUAUUAUCCUAACAGUCACUAUUAGUGACUAUUAGAACAUUUUGAUGGUUGCUUGGAAAGUAUCUAAUUUUUAUGAUAAAGUAUGUUAUUAUGAGAUACUAAGUCAUUAUUAUUAUAAAGUGUCUCUUUCUCUUUUUAAUAACUUACGUUAAAUGUAUUUUAUAUGUAUUACUGUAUUAGCAUUUCAUGGAAAUUAAAAUUCUUGCAAAUAUCAUUAAAAACUUCUAAUUCAUAUAAUCAAGCACAUCUUGAAAAUUUAGAAUGGUUUUACCAGGUGUUAUUCAAUGAUUUAAAGCUUGUGUUAAUGCACAACUCUUCUGCUAUUGAGGUGUGAAGCAGGUAUAAGGUUAGUCUCAGGUUUGGUGUAUGGGUGGGUUUAAGGUUGGGUAAGGGGUCAACAAGUGUACAAGUGUCAAUGUGAUUACUGUCAGGGAACACGAUUCAAUCUUUUUAUAUUGCAUUGUUUUUAUAAGUAUUUUCUUAAAAAUGUGUUUUCCCCUUGUGUAGAUGUAUGCCUCAAGGAAUAUUGAAUGAGUCACAAUAGUAUACUAAUGUAAGUGUUCAGGUGAUAAAAAUGUGGUUUGCACCCAAAUUAUAAUGUGUGUAAUGUCUUUACAUUUUGCCAUUAAAAUGACUG